UCGCUAGCAAGCGAUACUAUCCUCAUCAUGAUCGUCGGUGCCUGCUGUUUCACAAGGACAGGGACUAACGGCUUCGAUUACGUGCCCAUCAUCGGUCCAGUUACAUCCAAUACAUGACGCUUUCUCUGCUUGCAGCGCAAGUUCUGGCGGCAGCACGGGCUUCAAGGCCACGCUCGUCUGCACUGCGGGUGGCAACAACACCUUGCACCAACUUGCAAUGCCCGGCUUCGAGGGUGAGAAACAUCUCUCAUUCUGCGGAGCCGGCUGAUCUUCGUCCAAGUGCUAUUGGAUCGAGGACAUUCAGCACUCCAUCUCCCUUCUCGGAACUAGCCGCAAAAGUCGACAGUGACAUACCGUCACAGUCUUCGACAGAGCGCGUUGCCAAGUCGAAGGUAACCAAAGGGAAGUCAACAUCUAGCCCGGCAUCUUUUGAGGACCUCGGCAUCAAUCGUCGUUUGGCUGUUUUGUUGACAUCGAGCUAUCCCGAAGUCCAAGUCCCAACGCUGGCUCAAGCCACAAUCAUUCCAGCACUUCUUGCGAAACCUCGCAGUGAUCUGAUCGCCAGAGCACUCACGGGUACAGGCAAAAGCUUCGGGCUGCUUUUAGCGCUUCUUGCUCAGCCGCGCCUUCGUUUCAGCAACGAGAACCUUGAAGUUCCGGUGAAAGAUCCAAAUCAAGACCCAGUAAAGUCUGGUCAACCGUCUGAAGUUGCGCGCAGGGAGGGGGUCCAGCACCUGGCAAUCUCAUCCAUCAUUCUCGUGCCCACAAAUGAGCUCGCCUACCAAUAUCUCAAUUGGGGGCGCAAACUCAUUCCUUCCAGCGCGCUACCCUCGCUCGAUCCCAUUCUACAAAUUGUGGUCAACGAGCCUGGCGCACCGUCAUGUGCGGAUCAACUUUUAAAGAUGCGGACCACACCACCACACAUUCUAAUUGCAACUCCUUCACGGCUGCUCGAACUGUGGGAACAUGCUGAUCUCACAACAGGCAACGCGCGCAAAACGCUAGGGAUAAAGACAGCCAGGACCCUCGUUCUUGAUGAGGCAGAUGCCCUUCUCAAAUUGCCGGGUCGUUUUCCUUCCAAGAAGCUUGCAUGGAAGCACGAAAAGCACAAGCCAUUCGUGUUGCAGCUUCUCAACCGAAUCAUGCGCUCUCGAUACACUUGCAGCAGUGGUCAAGGUCAUCCGAGCGCGGGGAUGGAAUUUACUUUACCCGAAGAUUCUCCCAAGGAAGCGUCGCUUGCCCCAAGCAGGCACCAAAAUGCAGGUGCAAUGACCAAGCCGAGGGAGAAAGUUCGACGGACCGUACAUCUUUCUCGCGAACAGGCAGAAGAAAAGCGGAUGUACACCCGUCCCCUCAGCAGACCAAAUCUGGCUGAUAUGUUCAAAGACUCCUCGCCUCCUCCGGACAUGCUACCACUGCAGCUUGUCUGCGUCAGUGCAACAGCUAACUCCAUCCUCCGUCACUUCCUGGGUGCACGCACUGGCUGGCUGCGAAUCGGCUACACAGAAAAAGGCUCUGUGAGGGGCAGAUGGCUUGACCUCAUGGGUCUCAGCGGGGAACUCAAAAGGGGGAUGCGUGACGGUGCUGUCUUGAACGGCCCCGCUCCCGCAGGGUCGGACCUGAUGAGCAUUUCAAGACCGAAUGCGCAGCCGAAGGAUGCCGAUGCCUUGUUGCCGAAGGAGUUGCGCCACUUUUGCAUCGUUGUCGAUCAGCCUGAGCCCGAGUCUGGGCUCAGACCGCAUUCACUUAAACGAAAAGAGGUCGACGGGCAAAUUCCAAAGAUGCGCAACCUAUACAGGCUUCCACCUCAAGUGCGAGCGUCCAAUGAGCCGCAGGUACCAGAGGGAAAGCGUCCCAAGCCUGCAGUGGUCGAGGCUUGGGGUUCCAACGACGACAAGGAAGAGGCCGACGACGCCAUCGUCCGUGCGACAGCCUAUGCAUUUGCUGUCGAAGGUGCACAGCGCGCGCUAGCAGUGAUACCGCCCUUUUGGAGUAUCUUCAGGACACGAGACCGCCUCGCUGAACUCGGCGUGCCAGUCCGGAUCGUGGACCGAGAAGCUUUGGCCGAAUUAUCGGAAACGACAGGCUCCGUCCUCUACUUAUUGCAGUCGCUCAACACGCGUGGCCUGGAUCUGCCUGACCUCAGCCACGUGUUCAUUCUCGGCUGGCAGUCUGCGAAAACUACAGUAGAAUACACACAUCUCGCGGGUCGCGCUGCACGGAUGAAACCUUUGCCAACCAGACCUGACUCAUCUGCCGAUCAUCAAGACGUGGCCGAUGCUUUUACCCGCCCCGAUGGCACAGUCAUCACGAUUCUUGCGGGUCUACACUACAAAGACCAGCACGUCGCCUUCGAGGGUGGGGAGUACUUAAAGACCGUCUCGCGCGGUGAGCUAAGCAUGAAGACAAUCCUCAAACACCUCGGCGUAAGCCGCGUCCCCUUGGGGCUCGACUUCUUUCAAAUGCAGCCGGACGAACCUGAUUCCGACGAGAAUUGACUCUCGUGAGACUUUGCGUGGAUUCCUUACGCAUAGCAUGUUGGAUCACUCGCAAGCUCAUUUAAUACAUGUAGCUGACAUCAUUUAAGCAUUGCUGAGGCC